UAACGCUUGGGCAGUACUUAUUGUCAUCCGCCCCUUGUGUAUCUCCUUCACACGCACUUCGGAGUGCAUUUCUCUUCCCAAGAACUUGUCUUUGUUAUCUCAGCUGCAGCUCUCUAAGCCGUCGCGUGCCCCAGCUCUUCGCGUGUUUCCAGUGAUGUCGACUUCAAUGUCUCGCUCUGGCCAGGGAAGUGGCAAUGCUGUUCGUGUGCUCGCCACGGUCCUAUGUGCUAUCCUUCUGGUCGAGUGUAUCUCGGCUGCUAGCAUAUCUGUCGGAGGAAAUUCCGGAUGGAUUCUGAACGGCCAAAAGUACGCGAACUUGAAGCUGAAAUCAAAAGACGUCGCUGUGUUUAAAUACAGAGCCGGUGAGCACAAUGUCGUUCAGGUCAGCAAGGCCGAUUACGACAGCUGCAGCUCCAGGAAGCCUAUCAAGACUUACUCGUCUGGUAACGACAAGGUGUCUUUGAAGCCAGGUACUUACUACUUCAUCUGCGGCAUCGGAAAUCAUUGCAAGAACAAUAUGAAGGUGACCAUCAGUGUGUCCAAGUGAUGUUGCCAUUGGCGCGGGUCUUCGCGAUCCUACGGGGUUUCUUUCAGAAGAUAGUCUCCACAAACGAAAUGUGUAAUGUCGGUAGUUGAGGAGUGCUGCGCAUUGUAGUGAAACACGACGCAUGUCGAUAACAGGCAGCUACUUUACUUCAAGGCCGAGAACAGCGAAUGCCAAGUAUGGCGUGGCUCUGGAAAGGUGGUGCCUUGGAUACUAAUCGCACUGGUUCACGGCGACUUGUGUGAAAUGAAGCCAGCCUGCCUGUGUCAACAAUACAAGGAUGGUAUAAAGCUUUAUUCUCUUCUGUGUCC